UUUCCGGCGCCGUUUUUUACUUUGUUCAGUGUCCUCCCGGUGAGCCCCCGUCCUUGCCUGUGUGUAGUCCGUAAAGUCAAAAUUCACCGAAACUUGAGUCCCGAAUAUACUUUACUUGACUCCGUUUCACCAUCGCCCAGUUCUCUUUUGCUGGAAAAGGCAAAGAGCAACGGUUACAUGCGUCAAAUGCCUUGCAAAUCGGUAUCCUGAAAUUCUUCAAAUCAGAGGAAAAUAUCUUCGAACCUCAGAAGCUUGUUCAGGAAACACCGGUUAAACCUUUCGAUAUGAUUAAUAUUGCUUAAAGGUAAUCGGUGGUCCGUGAAUGCUAUAAGACUAUAAUGGCGAUUUCCCACCAGCUCACCAGCGCCCUGUACAUCUGCUACGCCAGAGGGGAUUCCGGGAGGGGCCAUUGCUACAAUGCCGUGCCCGUCAGUCUCAGUUUCGGCCUUAAGAGGCAUUUGACGGUAUUGAGUAGCAGGAGGCCAUUGGCCACUGACCUCAGUGUAGGCGUUGCUGAAACCGCCGCCACCAACAUGACUGACUGCGAUGCUUCUCCAUCCAUGCUCGUCCCCUCCAUCGAAAUUCCAGUCACUUGCUAUCAGAUUCUUGGUGUCUCUGAUAAAGCGGAGAAGGAUGAGAUUGUCAAGUCGGUGAUACAUUUGAAAAAUGCUGAUGUUGAAGAGGGGUACACUAUGGAUGCUGUUAUUUCUCGCCAGAACCUUUUGAUGGAUGUGAGAGAUAAGCUUCUUUUUGAGCCAGAAUAUGCUGGAAACGUAAAAGGCAAGGUCAUGCCAAGGUCUUCUAUUCGAAUAUCAUGGGCUUGGUUGCCAGGAGCUCUUUGCUUACUUCAAGAGGUAGGGGAAGAGAAGCUUGUGCUAGAUAUCGGACGAAGAGCCCUCAAACAUCCAGAUUCGAAGCAUUACGUACACGAUUUGCUUUUGUCCAUGGCGCUGGCUGAGUGUGCAAUUGCAAAACUUUGCUUUGAGAAGAACAAUAUUUCACAAGGUUUUGAAGCUCUUGCUCGUGCUCAGUGUCUUCUUAGGAGCAAUGUUUCUCUUGGGAAGUUGACAUUGUUGUCUCAGAUAGAGGAAUCCUUGGAAGAGUUUGCACCAGCUUGCACUUUGGAAUUACUGGGUAUGCCUCACAGACCUGAAAAUGCAGAACGAAGAUCGGGAGCCAUUUCUGCCUUCCGUGAGUUACUUAGACAGGGCCUUGAUGUUGAAUCUCCAUGCCAAGUUCAAGAUUGGCCAUGCUUUCUAAAUAAAGCUUUGAGUAGGCUCAUGGCGUCUGAGAUAGUUGAACUUCUUCAGUGGGACAAUUUGGCUCUUACAAGAAAGAACAAGAAGUCACUUGAGUCACAAAACCAAAGAGUUGUAAUUGAUUUUAAUGGGUUCUAUGUGAUUCUAAUGGCUCAUAUUGCCCUUGGCUUUUCCAGCAAGCAAGCUGAUCUGAUUAACCGUGCAAAAGUCAUUUGCGAGUGUUUAAUUGCAUCUGAGGGCGUGAAUUUAAAACUGGAGGAAGCUUUUUGCUUGGUCCUUCUUGGGCAGCUUGAUGAGGCAAGUGUUGCUGAAAGGCUUAAACAACUGCAGAACUGUAAUGCAAGUUCAAGUGAAGUAAACCCCAUUAAGGAAAUGGAAACGUGGCUAAAGGAUGCUGUGCUCAGUUUGUUUCCAGAUACACGAGAUUGUUCCCCAUCUUUGGCAAACUUCUUUCGCGGUGAAAAGCAAACUCCAUACAAGGGAAACAAAAGGGCGUCACAGACUUCGUCUCACUUGAACCACAGACCAAUUGCACCUGCCUUUUCACAUGCUCGAAGAGCUUUAGGUGAAACUGUGCAGCGUGCUGACUUGUCAACACAUCUUCGGCCAGCUGUUAAGCAGUUGGCUCCAACAAACUUACAAGACCCAGUGGUGAUAGCGGAUAAGGUCGAAAGUGGUACUAAUGGCGGACCAUCAGUACAACUUAAAAGGAAUUUGGGCGCACGUCAACAUGAAAUUCUAAGUAAUGCCAUCUUGAAGAUAACUGUUGUUGCUUGUUUUGGAUGCAUCCUGUUUGUCUCCUUCAAGAUAAUGAGCAUAAGAAACAGAACCAGAUUGAGGCUAAGCUCAUCACCUAGGAUGACAAACUCCACUUCCUUGAUUUUAGAUGGUUCUCAAGAUCUAAGACCUAGAUGGGCUAAGAGAAGCAUUGUCCCCAUAAAAUUGAAGAAGCUGUUUUCAAAUUUUGGAUUACGGGUCAAGCAGAGCAAAGAAGAUACUGGUAUGGUAAAUGGUUCUCAAGCGUCUGGUCUGUCAUCUCCUGCGGAAGUAGCAUACAAGAUGGCAAUGUCUUCUGAAGAAGCUGAGAGCCUGGUUAAGAAAUGGCAAAGUAUUAAAGCAGAGGCUGUUGGGCCUGAUCAUCACAUUGAUUUACUCUCUAAUGUUCUUGAUGAGACGAUGCUUGUUCAGUGGAAAGGUUUGGCUGAUGCUGCGAAAGAAAAGUCAUGCUUUUGGAGAAUUGUUUUGCUGCAAUUGUCAGUUCUACGAGCAGAUAUUUUAACAGAUGAGACCGGAAAUGAGAUAGCAGAGAUAGAGGCUCUCCUUGAAGAAGCAGCAGAACUUGUGGAAGAUUCCUACCAUACAAACCCCAACUACUACAGUUCUUACAAAAUCCAUUACACCCUGAAAAGACAAGAAGAUGGUGGUUGGCGAUUUUGUGAAGGCCAUUUUGAGACUUCAUGAUUUUCUAACACACUAAUACCCAGAUAAAUAUAAAUAUAUAUAUAUAUAUAUAUAUAUAUAUAUAUAUAUAUAUAUACAUAGAGAGAGAGAGAGAGAGACUAACAACAGACAUCAACCCAAGAGCUCAAGGUAGUGUAAUAAGCUUUUCCAUUUUCGUCCUUUGACAGCUUGCAAGGUGCAUUACUUAGAUUUAUUAUAUGCAUUGUUGUAGUAAUGAAGUUGCUUAGCUCCGUUAUUCCUAAUCUUUUGACUGUAAUAUUCUAAGAGCUGUAAGGCUGUAACUCCUGUAAGAUUAUGUUAUGGGUUUCAUAGCUGUGCGAAUUCGCUCAUACCUCAUAACUUGUGUGUGUGGUAUGACUAUAUGAUCA